UCACUCACUACUCAAUAUAAUUAAGCCAUGGCCAACCUAUACCAAACCCUAAUCUUCAUUGCCCUCCUCCUCGCCGCCGCCGCCAACACGGCGCGGUCCCAAUCGACGGCCUUCACCUACGACUUCUGGGGCGACCAGCCGACCGAGCUCCUCUACCAAGGCGACGCACAUUUCCCGUCGGACUCCACGUUCCUCCGCAUGACCAACACCACCGCCUCCGGCACCGCCGCCCAGCACAGAGCCGGCCGGGUGGUGUACCCGACCCCGAUCACGUUCUGGGAGGCCGGGGCGCAGGUCGAUUUCGAGACCACCGUGAAGUUCAUCGUGACCCCCACAGCCGGCGACAUGACCCCGGCCGACGGCUUCACCUUCUUCAUCGGCCCCGUCGGCUUACCCCUCGGCUUCACCGGCGGUGCCUACGGAGUCUUCAACACCUCCGGCCUCGCUGCCUCCGUCUUGGCCGUGGAAUUCGACAUUUACCCCAACGCCGAAGUGGAUCCAACCUAUCCUCAUAUUGGGAUCGACAUUGAAUCUAAUGUUUCGAAAAAUUUGACCAACGUCGGCACCGCGUUGCUCCGGCAGGAGGUGACGGCCAUCAUCGGCUACAAGAAAGCCACUAACCUGAUCAGCGUGAGAGUCGCCGCCGGCUCACAAAUAUACGAAGUGAGCUAUGUGUUCGACCUGAGCACCAUUCUUCCCCAGCAGGUGCAGGUCGGGAUCUCCGGGGCCACCGGAGAACAGCAGGUGACUGCGCUGAUCAACUACAACGGAGCUACGAAGAUGAUUGCCGUCCGUGUCACCGCCGGCUUGAAGACGUUUGAGGUCAGCUAUCAGUACGAUUUGAGCGGCUUUCUUCCUGAGCAAGUUCAGGUAGGGCUCUCCGCCGCCACCGGACUAAACGAACCAUGCGUCGCCACCCAUGAUAUCGUCUCAUGGUAUUUCUCGGCCACCAUGGCGCCUAAUAAUGCUGGCGCGAGGAGCAGGAAAGCAGCUUUUCGGGAACCUUAUUAGUCAGUAUGUGUGAUUUUGUGAUGUGUGUGUGUGUGUGUCGUAAAUAAAUCUAGACAUAAUUAAGAUAAUCUACCAUCUCUAUGCACGGACUAUGCAACAAUGCUUUUGAUUGUCGUUCUAAUUUUAUGAACUUUGCGAGGUAAUC